AGCAGAGAUGGAGACUAUUAUGAUUGGGACAGAAUAAGCCCGCGAUUCGACGGCGGAGGCUGAGCCUGGCCUCGGCAGGACACACUGAGGAAUUCGGGCCUCAGGGCUGAUGACCCGCCCGCCCUGCUGCCUGCCGACCGGGCUGAGGGCGGGCCUUGCUGCCAGAUCGGGGCUCCGCUGCUUCCCUUGUGGGACCCAGCCGCUUCUCUCUCGCUCGCUUAAGGCCGGGGGUAACGGCGAACCGCCAGGGGCUCGGCACUCGACACAAGGCACCCACUUUUCGGCGCCCCUCAAUCCGGGAGAACACACGUCCCUAAUCUCUUUAAACGAUAUUUAAUUCCUACCUCCCCCACUUGGAGGUGAGGGCACAGAUUCCGGCGUCCUAUUCCGUUCCAUGCUUUUUACUUCUCUCAGCUUUGGCCAGUCGCCAUGGUGAUACUCGGCCCUUUGUCCCUCUAAUCCCGGCCCGCCACUCAAGCAGCCGCCGGUUUGGUGACCAUGUCUAAAAAGCAAGUGGUUAAAACGAGGACUAAUAGGAAACUGGACCUGGAGCGGAAAAGGGACGAGAAGGCGGCGAGGCGAGCCUUGGCGAAGGAGAGGAAGAACAGGAGCCAGGGUGGGACGGAGGAUGAGGAGUUUGUCAGCUUUGCCAACCAGCUGUUAGCCAUGGGGCUCAAGCUCCGGGAGGUGCCCGGUGACGGGAAUUGUCUGUUUCGUGCUCUUGGUGAUCAGCUGGAAGGUCACUCCCAGAACCACCUCAAGCACCGGAGAGAAACAGUCGACUUCAUGAUAAAGCACCGGCAAGAUUUUGAGCCGUUUGUGGAAGACGAUGUUCCUUUUGAUCGAUAUGUUACAAAUCUGGAAAAGCCAGGCACGUUUGUUGGCAAUGAUGUGAUAGUAGCCUUUGCAAGGAACAAUCAAGUGAAUAUCGUGAUCCACCAGCUUAACGCCCCACUUUGGCAGGUUUUUGGAACCAGGAAGAGUAAUGCUGCCGAGUUGCAUAUUGCCUACAGAUAUGGAGAGCACUAUGACAGUGUGCGUAAGGUCAAUGAUAAUUCAGAAGCUCCUGCAAACUUGAGAACUGAGAUGCUCAUGAAAGAUGAUUCAAAGAAGAAAGAUCGAAACAAAAUGUGUGACUAUCAAGUGGAAGAUAUACGGGAUUUUGAAAACGGAGGAACAGAAAUAGAUAUGGAUGAUGCAGUUCAAAAAGUGCGCAAUGCAACAGGAUGCAUGGACACAGAUUUGAUUGUUCAAAAUCUAGAGCUUGAAAGCCACAACAUUGAGUCUGCAAUAGUUGCCGUCUUGCAGAUGGAUGAACUAAAGAACAAAAAUAGCAUUGACGAGUCUAACGUGUCUUCUCUCUGGAUGGAGAAUGGAAGUGGCAAUAGGAUUUUUGGAAAUCAAGGUAUAAACCCUGAAGAAAUUGAAAAUAAUAGGACACUGAACAAAAAGGAAGAGAAUAAGAGGACCAAAAAUAAGAUUACAAGUAAGCAACGAAAAGAACAAUUGAGGAGAGAAAAGAAGAAACGCCAGGAAGAAAGACAUCGACAAAAAUUUCUAGACAGCAGGAGCAAUAAUGUGGAAGACCUCGCGACUGAUGGGAACUUGCAGCCACCAGUUACGUUAGUCAAAACAUUUGCUACGUUAAAUAUUUGACAUUAGGUCCUUUUACAACUAAAGGUUGCCUAGCAUAGUAAGUCUCAUAAAUGGGGAGGAUAAUUUGGUGGAAGGAGGAGGGAGUUUGUAUUUCUGAUGCUGCUUUAGAUUAACAAUGUUUGACUUCAUAAGCUUUUUUUGAAGAACUUUGUUUUUCUUUGUAAAUGUGUGUAAACAAACUGGAAGAAAAUCUAAAAAGCGAACACAAUGAAUUACACUUUAUAAAUGCAAUAAAGUUUUAAGAAUUGUAACAACUAAGAAUCAAAAUAGUAAAUUGAAAUAGUUGGAUAAAUUUUAGUAAGAAAUGGAUUUGAAGGCGAGUGUGCCUUUAACUCUUAAACGUAUGGUUUAGAGAGCUGACUAUCAGAUUUUAAGUAUCAUGCCCUCUUUACGCCUUCAUUAAUGUUCAGUAAUCGAGAUGGAAAUUGAGGCCUUUUUUUACAAUUAUUUGCAGAUCUCCCAAAAGAGACUUUUAUAGAGUGGGUUUGCACAGGAGUAUUUCUGAAUGGAGCGUAGAAUAGCUGUCACUUGCUGACAUCAGUAAGGAAGGUUUAUAAGAAAAGUUAUAAAGAAAACCUUUUUCAGGACUGAAACGUUUUUUAGUUUAGAGUUUAAGAUGAAGAAUGCUGCUGACCACCAAAUACAAAGGAUGCUUUCCCCAAGGACUGUUCCAGGUAUGUGAAUAGGCUUGGCAACUGUCGAAACCAAAUGAGGUUCAUAGAAGAACUGAAAUUUCUGAUGCUGGUUAGUAAUUUAUUCAUUAGAGUCUUUUUGUUUUAACACUCCUAGGGGUGGUUUAAGUUAAAGAAACUUGUUCUGUUGAAUUUCUACAUGCUGAGAUGUUUUUAUGGCAAUAAGGAUUCUGGAACGUCAUUGAGAAAAGUGUUUGAAACAGUAACUCUCAUGAAUGGCCAUAUUAAAGAGCUGGCUGUUGUAUAAAUUUGGAUUUUUUUAACUUUCUAUUUCUGUUUGUAUAUACAAUGUUAAUAAAUCAACUCAUUGAGAAA